CAGAGUCUCGGUCCUCAGUCUUCAGAGCAGCAUCAUGAUGGAGAGGAUCUUGUUGGGUGUUUUGUUUCUCUCAGAGUGGUUCAUCCUCUCCACCUGCCUCGUCCGUCACUACCACUUCGUUGGUCAGUCUCUGAACUGGACUGAAGCUCAGACCUACUGCAGACAGACAUACACAGACCUGGCCACCAUCCAGAACUCUGAGGAACUGAACCAACUCAUGAACACACUUUCAUCUGCUGGUUACAGCUCUGACGUCUGGAUCGGUCUGAACCAUGAAAUAGACUGGAAGUGGUCUGAUGGGUUCAAUGGAUCGCAGCAGAAUCCUGAAUAUGUUUUUGUGAACGAAGCGAUGAACUGGUCCAGCGCUCAGAGUUACUGCAGGGGGAAAUUCAUAGACCUGGCCACCAUGAGGAAUGAUGCAGAGAGUCAGACGCUUCCUCUUUGA